UUCUGUGAAGUUUUGAUGGUUUUCUAGACCAGCUGGGGAUGGGAGGGGGAAGAUUCUAACCGCCACGUUUUUUAGCCCAGUGGGGAAGGAAUGGAGGUUUACUAGUCUUACUACAGGUAACCAUUCUACGGUUGUCAAAAUCAGUCACCCGUUGAAUCUGUUGAACCUUGGUUAUAGUGAAUCCCUUAUAGGAUGUUACACAACGUAUAAUAAUAUGUUUAGCUUGAUGGUGAUCUGUGAAAUCAUUCAAACAAUUGCAGGUGUAACUUUGGAUUUUGUUGGGGACAUCAAUUUUGAUGGAGCACCAAAAUACUACAAUAACGAAGGAUUAUGUUCGUAUUCCAAGACGUUUGCCAACGUCGCACCUUUAUUCAACAAGUCGGACUUCGUUAUUGGAAAUCUGGAGAGUCCAUUUGUCCAGGAAGACAUGAAAAAGGAUGCUCAGCGUGAGUUCGUCCCUUUGUUGCAUGCUAAUCCUAGCAGUAUAGACGCUUUAAAAUUUGCAGGUUUUGACAUUGUAACACUUGCGAACAAUCAUCUAAACGAUUACAAAACAAGACCCAUUAAUUAUACAGUAGAUUUGCUACAGGAACACGGCAUCUUAUCAUUUGGUUAUAGCUUUGGAAAUCUUGAUAAUGAGCAACCACAAAUUCCUGUGAUUCUAGAGAAGGAUGAUAUCAAAAUUGGUUUCCUUGGAUAUUGCUCAUGCUACAAACGUUUGGUGGACCUAUCAACAGGAGAUAUAAUUUUUUAUCACUUUUGUGUUGAGAAAAGAAAAUGUCUGAAUAUCGGACCAGCAAUUUACUCAGAUCAAGCUGCUACAAGAGACGUUAAAGAACUCAAGGAAAGAGUAGACGUCAUUGUUGUUAUGAUGCACUGGGGUGAAGAAUACCUGACAACMCCAACAGAAAGCCAGCAGCAACAAGCACAACAUCUCCAGACAAUUGGUGUCCAUGUAGUAAUUGGUGCACAUCCACAUGUACUCGAGGGUCACACCUUGAAUGGUCGUUCUUUAAUUGCGUAUAGUUUGGGAAAUUUCUUAUUUGGUCCCAAAUACAUGACUAAGGUAUUUUACGCGAAUCCAGACCCGUCUAAGAAAAUGAUGGAAGGAUUUGAAAAACUCAUGGCAACAUCAGCUAUCGAUGACAACUCACUGGAUUCACGAAUUUUAAGGGUUGAACUAAACAAGCAAGGGGUUGUCCGCGCUGCAUAUAUACCAAUACAAAUAUCACUCAACCCUAAGACGAAAUGCCUUCAACCAACACCAACUAAUGAUACMACGUGGAUCACCGUGUGUGGUGUUGAUGACAAAGCUUGCUUGAAAUAGAGGAACAUAGUCUCAUGUUACUGAUCAUUGUCAUCAUCGCCAUCAUCAGUCUGCUGCAGAGCACGCGACCACAAGAUUCCUGACCCAUCAUUUGGUUUCGUGGUUGCCAACAUUCCAUGAAGUUCAAACAACCUGCCAGCUUGUUGGCUCUCUCUUCCCAUGGGAUGAUAGGAUAUACAAAGAAAACAAGGUCGUCAGGAAGAUGUUUAAUACUAUCAUCACAAUUAUCUGAAGCUCGUCUUGUCAGACCGCUUGUUUUAUUCCCUGUUCAUCUUUUAUUUCGGACAAAGAGUAUUUUGUAAUAAUUUUUAAAAAAAUAAAUAAAUGAUUGUUUUAUA